GCCUCUGCUUUCCCCAGAAGCUUUGGAAGAUCUUGGAAAGUGACCAGUUUCGGUCCAUCUGGUGGAGUAAGGGAGGACAAUGCGUGGCCAUCAAUGAAGUUCUCUUCUCAGAGGAGGUGCUGGGCAGGGUUUUUGCCACACAGAAGAUGGCGUCUUUCAUUCGGCAACUGAACAUCUAUGGGUUCACAAAAGUACAGCCGGACUUCCAAAGAUCUGCCUCCCUGCCUGAAUUCCUGGCUGAGGAAACAGCAGCCUCUGCUCACUGCAAGGUGCUCUACUACUACAACCCCAGCUUUAACAGAGAGCAUCCCCAGCUGCUGGAGCAGUGCAAGAGGAGAGUUGCCAUCAAGCGGAAAGCCCCAGGAGCUCCGCAGGAGGAGGAAGAACAUCCCUCCAGAAGCCCCGAUGUGCAGCUUGUGUUGUUAGAGAUUGAGCUCGUAGAUAUUGAAUUCAUAGAUAGAGAUUGA